UAGCUGCCAUCACCGACGACAGCACGACGUAGCACAUUCCGGAAUUAGUACGUACAUAAUAAUAAUAAUCAUCAUAAUGUCGGAUUCGAAAAUGGAGUACAACUGGGGCGAUUUGGGUGUGCCGCAGUUGGACGGCUUUGCAUCCGAAAUAUCCGAGUGGUCGAGCAAGGAUGACAUCUUCAUCACGGCCACCGAGGAACUGCCCAGCCUCCAAAUGCACCGGGAGCAGGUGGAGCAGAUCCAGCGACGUGGCAGCCUCAUCCUCAGCCAGGCCCAGCAGCAUUCCCAGGUGUUGGUGGGCAAUCUGUUCAAGAAUCUGAGAAUUACCGGCAAGAAGCCCAUAUUUCCUUCCCAGGUGUCCGCUCCGAAGGCCUAUCGCUUCAAGGACAUCUAUUCAAGCCGCAAGGACCAGCUAAUCCGCGACUGUGUGGAGCAGGAGCGUAAGCUGCGUGAGUUCCGCAGUCGACCUAUGCCUGAUUUUCGGCAGGUGCACGAACGCCAGGCCAUGAAGGUGCCCAUUCAUCGGGUCACCUGUCCGGUGACCCCAAAUGUGCUGAAGAAUUCGUUGCAAGUGGAACAAAGGCGCCGUUUAAAAGUGGAGCAGCUGCAAAAGGAGCAGGAACAGGAGAACAAAAAGCGUUUUCCAAGGGCCAAGCCCAUUCCACUGAGCAGUCGGCAGGCCUUGAAGCCGCUGAAUCUUCAAUCGUGUACUAGUCAGGUGAAAAUUGAGCCCUUUAAUCUCUCCUCCGAACUGCGUGUUCAGCAGCGGCGCAUCUAUAAUGUCAAGAAUUCCAUGGCCCAGGACGCGAAACGCCGGGAACUGGAGGAGCAGCGUCAGCGGGCGGAGCGGGAGGCUUACCAAAAGCAGCGCCAACUAACCAAGUUCCGAGCUCGACCCAACCCAUUUGCACUCAGCGCACGUUGACCAGGGAGUUUCCUCUUAUUGUACUUUUUUUUUAAUUUGGUUUCGAUUUUUUGUUGCAAAUUUGUUUUGUUCAAAGAAAUUAAAUUACUAUAAUCACCAGCAAGUAA